GAAUAGAAAAAAGAAAAAACGUCAAACCGAUAGACCGGUAAAGUUUCAGGAAAGUUAAUAUUUAAUUUCAAUAUUAGAAUUAUACAUUAGAUACUAAAUUUUCGUGAUUACAAACAACCACAAGAUUUUGGCGGGAAUCGUUAUCUUUGUUCUGAACCUGAAAUUCAACUGAAAACUGCACAUUUAUAGCAUAAACAAUGGAUAAGAAGAAACAGUACGGCAAAGCGCCGCCCCCAAAGAGGUUUAAGUCGGGCGAUGACGAUGAAGAUAACGAAGUGCCAUGCAGUUUUGAAGAGACACUUGCAUGUAUGGAUGCAGAGUUUGACUCUCAACAAGUGCUCGGUGAAGGCCCUGAAAAUCAAUCUACCAAUAUGAAAUGGUCUCGUCCUGAGCCUCCAAUAUUGGAUCCAAGGAAAGAUAAGUUAAUUUUUCAACAAUUAGACAUAGAUCACUAUAAUGGCCAACCAAUGCAAGGUAUGCCUGGGUCGCAGCUGGCGCCUGUGCCCAUCAUGCGUAUGUACGGUAUCACUAUGGAUGGAAAUUCAGUUUGCUGCCAUGUUCAUGGAUUUACACCAUACUUUUAUGUAACAGUCCCUGCAAACUUUACUGAAUCAUCAUGUAAUGAUCUGAAAUCAAGUUUAAAUAGAGCAAUUCUUGAAGAUAUGCGUUCCAAUAAGGACAGUAUCAAAGAAGCUGCCUUAGAAGUGCGUUUAGUAAAAGCCAGAUCUCUUAUGUACUAUCAAGGAGAUAAAGACAUUACCUUUGCAAGAGUAUCGGUAGCACUUCCUAAAUUAAUUGCAGCAGGUAAAAGGCUUAUUGAGAGAACACCAACUUCUUUUGGUUUAAUGGAUCCAUUCUUUUAUGAAAGUAACAUUGAUUUUGACAUCCGUUUUAUGGUAGACACAUCAGUGGUUGGCUGUAGUUGGAUUGAAUUGCCUACAAAUACAUGGUCUCAAAGAUCUAAAGACACAGUUGCCAAACCUGAAUCUAGAUGUCAAAUUGAAGUAGAUGUUGCAUGGAAUGCAUUUAUAGCUCACCAGCCCGAAGGGGAAUGGUCCAAAGUGGCUCCAUUCAGAAUAUUGAGUUUUGAUAUUGAAUGUGCAGGUCGUAAAGGAGUGUUCCCUGAACCUAACCAUGAUCCUGUUAUUCAAAUUGCAUCCAUGGUUAUCAGGCAAGGUGACCCUGAACCUUAUGUCAGAAAUGUGUUUACAUUAAACACCUGUGCACCUAUUGUAGGGUCCCAAGUGCUGAGUUUUCAAUCAGAAUCUGAAAUGCUUGCAAAAUGGUCAGAUUUCUUCCGUGAACUUGAUCCUGAUAUUAUUACAGGCUAUAAUAUAAAUAACUUUGAUUGGCCAUAUCUUAUCAACAGAGCAAAGCAUUUGAAAGUUAACAAUUUUGAUUUCUUGGGACGCAUUAGGAAUGUCAAAUCAAUUAUUAAAGAUUCUAUUCUUCAAUCAAAGCAAAUGGGCCGCAGGGAAAACAAAAGUAUUAAUUUUGAAGGCAGGGUACCAUUUGAUUUGUUACUUGUUUUAGUAAGAGAUUAUAAACUCAGAUCAUAUACCCUAAAUGCUGUCAGUUACCAUUUCCUUCAAGAGCAAAAAGAAGACGUACAUCACAGUAUCAUUGGAGACCUUCAAAAUGAAAGUGAACAAACUAGAAGGAGAUUGGCCAUGUACUGCCUGAAAGAUGCAUAUUUGCCUUUAAAACUUUUGAACAAACUAAUGUGUAUCAUCAAUUACAUGGAAAUGGCUAGAGUCACAGGUGUUCCACUUCUUUGCCUGCUCACUAGAGGCCAACAAAUUAAAGUUGUGAGUCAGUUACUAAGAAAAGCUAAAGAUGCAGGUUAUUUGAUGCCUGCUUAUCAUGGUCAAGGUUCAGAUGAACAAUUUGAAGGAGCAACUGUCAUUGAACCCAAAAGAGGAUACUAUGCAGAUCCAAUAUCCACUUUGGAUUUUGCUUCUUUGUAUCCCAGUAUUAUGAUGGCACACAAUUUGUGCUAUACUACACUAGUUCAGCCUAAUAUGCAGCACAAAGCUAAUCUAAAAGAUGCUGAUGUAACUGUAACACCUUCAAAGAACAUGUUUGUAAAGGCACAUGUUAGGAAGGGUCUUUUACCUGAAAUUUUAGAAUCUUUGCUUGCAGCCAGAAAGAAAGCUAAGGCAGACUUGAAAAAUGAAAAGGAUCCUUUUAAGAGGUCUGUUCUUGAUGGCAGACAAUUAGCUUUAAAAAUCAGUGCCAAUUCAGUGUAUGGGUUCACAGGAGCACAAGUUGGUAAACUACCAUGUUUAGAAAUAUCAGGCAGUGUAACAGCUUAUGGUCGAACUAUGAUUGAAUUUACGAAGUCUGAAGUAGAAAAGAAAUAUACAAAGUCAAAUGGCUAUAAAGAAGAUGCAGUUGUAAUUUAUGGUGACACUGAUUCUGUAAUGGUAAAGUUUGGUGUUAAAACUCUUGAGGAAAGCAUGGAAUUAGGGAGAGAGGCUGCAGAUUUUGUAACUGAAAAAUUUGUCAAACCAAUCAAAUUAGAGUUUGAAAAGGUUUACUACCCAUAUUUGCUCAUUAACAAGAAGAGAUAUGCUGGUCUCUACUUCACUAAACCAGAAAAAUAUGAUAAGAUGGAUUGCAAAGGAAUUGAAACUGUUAGAAGAGACAACUGUCCUCUUGUAUCAAACAUGAUGAGCACAUGCCUCCAAAAAUUACUCAUUGAUAGAGAUCCAGAUGGUGCUGUCAAUUAUGCCAAGCAAAUUAUAUCAGACUUACUGUGCAACCGCAUAGAUAUAUCUCAGCUUGUCAUAACAAAAGAGCUUACAAAAAAUGAUUAUGCUGCUAAACAGGCACAUGUGGAAUUAGCUAAUAAAAUGAAGAAACGUGAUGCUGGGACUGCGCCCAAACUUGGCGACAGAGUGCCUUACGUUAUUUGCGCUGCUACUAAAAACACACCUGCUUAUAUGAAAGCUGAAGAUCCAAUAUAUGUGUUAGAAAACAGUGUUCCAAUUGAUUUCAGUUAUUACAUGGAGAAUCAGUUGUCUAAACCACUUCUAAGAAUUUUUGAGCCUAUAUUAGGUGAAAAAGCUGAAUCUCUUCUUUUGAAAGGAGAACAUACAAGGACCAAGGCAAUGGUAACUUCUAAAGUUGGGGCCUUGGCUGCUUUCACAAAGAAAAAAGAAAAAUGUAUUGGUUGCAAAACUAUAAUGCCUAAUGAUACUGUUAAAGCUUUAUGCAAUCAUUGUAUGGGUAAAGAGAGACAGAUAUACAUUUCUGAAAUAUUUAAAGUAAGGCAACUGCAGGAAAAGUUUUCGAGACUAUGGACUGAGUGUCAAAGGUGCCAAGGCAGUUUGCAUGAGGAGGUCCUUUGCACUAACAGAGAUUGCACUAUUUUUUACAUGAGAAAAAAGACAGGUAUAGAAUUAGAUGCCCAGGAAAAAACAGUGUUAAGAUUUGGAGAACCUACUUGGUAAUGAAUGUUAAGCAUGUAAUUAUGUAACUGAUUUUUUUAUACUAAAAUAAAGCCAUUUGUUUUA